ACUUAACAUUCUCUCUCUUAAAAAACAAAAAACCCUGCCAAUAUUGCGAUACAGAGAAAGGGAAAAAGGGCUUACAAUACUCCCAAAAAACACUUGCGUUACUGAGAACGGAGAAGGAGAGAGAGAUCGAGAGAUCAAAAACUGAAACCCAAAACAUCAGACACCAAUCAAGAUGAAGAAGAGCCGUACAUUCUCUUCCAAUAUCCCCAAACUCUCUCUCUCUCUUCUCACGAACCCUAAUCUUUUUCUUCAAGAAUAUUCAAUCCCUUCAAUCCAGGCUACAGAUUUGAAUCGAUCUUUGUGUAUGUGUAUAUGGCGAACGGUACGGAUUUGGAGGAGUUCGUGUUGCUAUCAUGGGUUCGGACAGGUCACAAGCGCGAGUUCGCCUUCGCAAUGAAGGCGCAAUCAGAGAUCUGCGGGUCCUUGGGUCGGACCCGUUCCAGGAAGACCCGGAAUGAGGCUGUGGCAACCAAUAGAUGCAAGAAAUUGAAGAAGCUGGAUUCGAAGGACGCCGAGAACGACGAAGUUAUGGAUCAGAAGGAGAAGGAUUUAGGCGAUUCGAUGAGCGAGGAGGAAGCGAAAAGCGAUGUGGUGGACCUAACGAGCGACGACGAGCCGAAGGGGCACGUUGGAGAAUCGGAAUUGGUCGGAGAAGGGGGUUCCAAGAAGGACAAGUCAAUGCCGGUUUUCGACGAGGAAUUGAAGGGUGGAGUGGUUGAAAUGGUUCAGAAUCCUGUGAAGGAAGAGGAAUUAGUGUGUGAAAGCAAGCCGAAUGUGAAUGAAGAGAUGAAGACGGAGCCGGGAGUCGAGAAAACGAAUGACGAUUUGGUUAACGAUGAGAAGAUUGAGGGGGGUUGGAGUUGUCAUUGUUCACAAAGGUCAAUGAUCUGCUUAUUUACUUUGAUUUCAAGGAAACAUUUAAAAUAUAAAUGAAAACAAACCAGCAGUAGUUUUACAUAAAUAAAAUUUUAAAGUAAACAUACUAGAAUUGAGAUACUUACUUCAAUGCUUGUGACUGGCUUAGUGUAGGGGGAUGUCUUGGGUUCUGCAUGUCUAAAUAUUGUAAUGCUCUUUACACUUAAACUCACAUGACUGAAUUUAAAUAUAUAACUAAAGGAACUUAUUAUGCAUUUUUCAUUCUUAAAGAGAAUUUUCAUGUUGAUGAUCAUGACAUGUAUUGGUUUGGGGAAAAAAAUAUAGUUGCACUUUUAAUGGUUUUCAGCUCACUAUGAAUAUAAUUUAGUAUA